CCAUCACCUGCACUUGCCUUCUUUUAUUCCACAUUUACUGAAUACCAGACAUUCACAGCAUUACUUAUUGUUCUAUGUCAGGUCCGCAUACAUUAUCUUGUAUACAUAUGUUCACUCUAGAAUCCAGACAGCUACCCCACUUCUCAGAUGAGGAAACUGAGGCAUGGAGAGGUUAUGAAGCCCACCUUACAUGGGCCCUCGACUCUUGCACAUCCAAGUUCCUUUUCUUGCCUUUAUUCUUCAUGUAUGUCUCUUACCUUCUUCAGGGAAAGAGUAUGCCAAAGGAGACAGCCGAUACAUCCUGAGUGACAACUUCACAAUAUGCAUGGAGACCAUCACAGCUUGCCUUUGGGGACCACUCAGCCUAUGGGUGGUAAUCGCUUUUCUCCGCCAGCAGCCCCUCCGCUUUGUCUUACAGCUCGUGGUCUCUGUGGGUCAAAUCUAUGGGGAUGUGCUCUAUUUUCUAACAGAGCACCGGGACGGAUUCCAGCAUGGGGAGCUGGGCCACCCACUCUACUUCUGGUUUUACUUUGUCUUCAUGAAUGGCCUGUGGCUGGUGCUGCCUGGAAUCCUCGUGCUCGAUUCUGUAAAGCAGCUCGCUCAUGCCCAGAGCAUGCUGGACACCAAAACCACAAUAUCCAAGAGCAAGCUGAACUAAUAAGUAGUAGGCUGGGCUUGAACACUGGACGAUGAGGAACCCUCCACCAGGAAGAAGAGUCCAGUCCCAUAGGUUGGAGGGACAAAGCAAAUUGAUCUGUCAAACUCGGGUUAAUGGGUAAGCACCAGAAGGGCCAGAGGCAGGGACAAAAAAGGAGCUGUGUGGAGCUACGGCCAGGAGCCAC